UGUUGAUCUAUAUCGAAUCUUUUCCUCUCAUGUUUAAGCUCUCGGGCUCAGGCGCCCAGUUAACUUUCCCGUGUAUUAAGGGAUUAAAGCCCAUGCCUAUGAGAGAAUUGUACCUGAGGAGGGGUUGACUUCUGUCUAAAUAGGACGAUCUCUGUUGCUGUUUUUAUUCUUCUUGUCCGAAUGGGAAAAGACGGCACAAGACACCAAGAUGAAACAGAGCUCAGAAUCACGCUGUCUGUAUAACAAAGAUAUAAUCACUCUCCUGUCUCUCUUUUUAUUGGAUGCCCAGAUCAAUUUUUGGCUCCAAAUGAUUCUUGGAAGCUCCGAACCAUUGAAAAUUGUAUUUAAUACCAUGUCGGGCAAUGAGGCGUAGAUUAAAGAAAUGGGAUGCGUUAUCAGUCGAGAUGUGUCAUCAGGUAUAAUAUCCGAGGUGAAGGAGGAGAGGACUCCAAGUACUCCGUCUAAUAGGAAGGUAGAUGAUGUCGCAGAGGGGAAAGUAGAUAGGAAUGUUGUUGAGGUUGAUAACGGGGGGAAAGAGGAGGUGGAGAAGGAGAAGGAGAAGGAUUGUGGUGAUGGGGGUCAGCGGGUGCCCAGGGAGAGAAGAAGGUCUAGGGCGAAUCCAAGGUCAAGUAAUCUACCAAAGCACUCACGAGGAGAGCAGGUUGCAGCCGGAUGGCCACCAUGGCUCACAAACGUGUGUGGGGAGGCACUUGGUGGGUUGAUUCCAAGAAGGGCGGACAGUUUCGAGAAGAUUGAUAAGAUUGGGCAAGGAACAUAUAGUAACGUGUACAAAGCUAGAGAUAUAUUGACGGGUAAAAUUGUUGCACUAAAAAAGGUUCGAUUUGAUAACUUGGAACCUGAGAGUGUGAGAUUUAUGGCUAGAGAAAUUCUCAUUUUGCGGCGUUUAGAUCAUCCCAAUGUUGUGAAGUUGGAGGGUUUGGCUACAUCAAGGAUGUCUAGUAGUUUGUACCUGGUCUUUCAGUACAUGGAGCAUGAUUUAGCUGGACUUGCUGCUAGUCCUGGAAUUAAAUUUACAGAGGCUCAGGUAAAAUGUUAUGUGCAUCAAUUACUAUCUGGACUUGAGCACUGUCACAACCAUGGAGUGCUUCACCGUGACAUUAAAGGAUCAAAUCUUCUUAUUGACAAUGGUGGGAUACUAAAGAUUGCUGACUUUGGGUUGGCUUCUAUCUUUGAUCCAAACCACAAGCGCCCCAUGACUAGUCGAGUGGUCACACUUUGGUAUCGACCUCCUGAACUCCUUCUUGGGGCUACCGAUUAUGGAGUGGACAUAGACCUAUGGAGUGCAGGUUGCAUUUUAGCUGAGUUAUUGGCUGGGAAACCAAUUAUGCCUGGCCGUACAGAGGUUGAGCAACUGCAUAAGAUAUACAAACUAUGUGGCUCACCUUCGGAUGAAUACUUCAAAAAAUCGAAGUUGCCUAAUGCAACCUUGUUCAGGCCCCGAGAGCCUUACAAAAGAUGCAUUAAAGAGACGUUUAAAGACUUUCCUCCAUCAUCCUUGCCCCUUGUUGAUACUCUUCUUGCAAUUGAUCCAGCAGAACGGCUGACGGCCACGGCUGCAUUGAGAAGUGAGUUUUUCACAACCGAACCUUAUGCUUGUGAACCGUCUAGCCUCCCACAAUAUCCCCCCAGCAAGGAAAUGGAUGCUAAACGACGGGAUGAUGAAGCUCGGAGAUUAAGAGCACCUAGUAAAGUCCCGGCUGAGGGUGCAAAGAAAACACGGACACGUGGUCGUGCUGUUAGGGCAUUUCCUGCUCCAGAAGCCAAUGCUGAGCUUCAGUCUAAUCUUGACAGAAGGCGUCUUAUUUCUCAUGCAAAUGCAAAAAGCAAGAGCGAGAAGUUUCCUCCACCACACCAAGAUGGACAACUCGGCUUCCCCUUGGGAGCAUCAAAUCGUAUUGAUCCUGCAAUUGUUCCUCGAGAUGUCCCAUUUAGUUCAACCUCAUUAACUUAUUCAAAAGAACCACUCCAAACAUGGUCGGGUCCACUGGGUGACACGGGUAGAGCUCAUGCUCCAAGGCGGAAAAAACAUGCUCCAGGUGACGAACGAGGGACCAUCAAAACCAGAGACAGGAGCUCACGAGGAUAAAAGAUCGAGUGCUCGUAGUAAAUGAAAGAAAAACAUGGCUUAAACUUGAGUGUAUAGAUCAAGAUGUAGAUUUGUUUGCAAUGCAUUUCCUAUUAAACUCAGCCUGGCUUCUUUUGGCAUCAAAAGAUGUAAUUGAUUGGUUAGAGGUAAUUUUUACUCCUAUUGUCCCUUACUUUUUCCCUCAAUAAGAUCAGAAAAGAAAUCUGUUCAAUUGCCGGAACAGUGGAAAAUUCUUGUACUA